AUGGUCCAUUUGGAGAAAUAUAAUUUGAAAAAGAUUUUUCACAAUAUGAAUGGAUAUCCCUUGCGUAUUUAUAUCUUCGAUUCAAUAUUUUCCAAUGUAAUGGCUGAUAAUGAUGCUGGUCAUAUAUCGGGUGUUAAAGGCACGGAUGGUAAAAUUGCCUAUGCCCUGGAAUCGUAUUUGAAUUAUACAAUGGAAUUACAAUGGCCUGAUGAUGAAUUUUAUGGCUCCCGUUUAGAAAAUGGUUCAUUUAACGGCGCCCUGGGACGUAUAAUACGCCAGGAAACAGAUAUCUCCUUUACGGGAUUCUUUGUCAAAGAUUAUCUAUCGGAUGACAUAGCAUUCACCACGCCCGUCUAUAUGGACAGAUUAUGUUGUUAUGUUAAGAAAGCGAAGCGUAUACCCCCAUCAAUUCUACCUCUACAUGCAGUGGAUGAAAGUAUAUGGAUGGGUUAUGUAGCCUUUGGUCUGAUAUCCGGAGUUUUUUGGAUACUACUAAGGCGUUUGAAUCUCAAAUUAAAUCCUCAAGAAAAACGGAAUUUUACAAGAAAAGAAUGUCAUUGGUAUAAUUUGUUCGCUGAUACAUGGGUGCUAUGGGUACGAAUGACAAUAUCACGAUUUCCAUCAUCAAAUGCGGAACGGAUUUUUGCCAUAUCACUGUGUUUGGUUAGUGUUAUAAUUGGUGCCAUUGUGGAUUCAAGUUUGGCUACGGUGUUCAUUAAACCCCUAUACUAUAAAGAUAUAACCACACUGGCGGAACUUGAAAAAGCCAAUUUGAGAAUAUUCUACAAACAUCCGGCAAUUAAAGAUGAUCUCUUUACUGGUCAUUCCUCGUCAAUUUAUCAAAGUUUAGACAAGCGAAUGUUGCUGGUGGGAGAGCCGGAGGAGCGUUUAAUAAAAAUGAUGUCCCUAAGAGGUAAUUUUGCAGCGGUGACACGUUCAUAUUCCCUAAGUUUGGUGGAUAUUUAUUACUUCAUAACGAAGAAGGUUUUCAUGAUUCCCGAAUGCCCCAAGGUAUAUCACAUAGCAUUCCCGAUGCAAAAACAUUCACCGUUCGAAGAGGAAUUUAAUUUGGCCCUGCUGGAAUUGUUACAGGCCGGUUUAAUUGAUCAUUGGAUUAAACUGGAACAAUACACUUCGAAAAGUCGUAUGCAUCUAUUUGAAGAUUACAUCGGUGAAUCGGAAUAUAAAUGGAAACUAUUAAAAAUUAAUGAUUUACAAUUGGCAUUUUAUGUGUUAACCUUCGGUUUAAGUGUAUCCCUCUUGCUGUGUAUUGCUGAAUAUUUAUAUUGUAAAUUAAAAUUAAAUAAAAUAAAAUCGAGAAGAUAA